AUGAUUAUGUUUCCUCCUUUGGGGAGGAUUUCUCUGGGCAUUUUGAUACUUUUCCUGGCAGGAGGAAACCUUGUGUCCGACUCAGAAGAGAUACAAGAACCCAUGCAUGCAGUCUCUGUCCUCUCACCUGAGAAGUCAACAGACCUUUCCCUGCCUACCGGGAGGAGACAGCCUUUGGAUGCCUCAGAGCCUGGGAGGAGGUGGCUGCUUAGAAGGCAGCGAUCUAUUCUGUUCCCAAAUGGAGUAAAAAUUUGCCCCAGUGAAACUGUUGCAGAGGCUGUGGCAAACCAUGUGAAGUAUUUUAAAGCCCGAGUGUGCCAGGAAGCCAUCUGGGAAGCCUUCAGGACGUUUUGGGAUCGACUUCCUGGGCGUGACGAAUAUCUUUACUGGAUGAGUUUAUGUGAGGAUGGAGUCACAGGGGUAUUUGAAAUGGGCACCCAUUUUAGUCAGUCUGUGGAACACAGAGACUUAAUCAUGAAGAAACUGACUUACAUAAAGGAAGCUGAGAGCAGCUCCUGCAAGGAUCAGGCCUGUGGGUUUGAGCUGUCCUCUCCAGUUCCUGUUGGUGAGACCUCAACAUCAGCAGGUGCUGUCUCCAGUGCUUCAUAUCCAGGGGUGGCCUCAGAGAGCAGCACGGUAUCACCUCAGGAAAGUAUCAGCAAUGAAAUCGAGAACGUGACAGAGGAGCCCAUACAACCAGCUGCUGAGCAGAUAGCAGAAUUCAGCAUCCAACUUCUGGGCAAGCAAUACAGCGAAGACCUGCGGGAUCCCUCUAGCGCCCUCUACCGGCUCCUCGUGGAAGAGUUUAUUUCAGAGGUUGAAAGAGCCUUCACAGGGUUACCCGGCUACAAGGGCAUCCGUGUUCUGGAAUUCAGGUCCCCAGAGGAAAAUGGCAGUGGGAUAGAUGUUCAUUAUGCGGUUACUUUCAAUGGUGAGGCCAUCAGCAAUACCACCUGGGACCUCAUAAGUCUGCACUCCAACAAGGUGGAGAACCACGGCCUUGUGGAGCUGGAUGAUAAACCCACUGCUGUCUAUACAAUUAGUAACUUCAGAGAUUACAUCGCCGAGACACUGCACCAGAACUUUUUGAUGGGAAAUUCCUCUUUGAAUCCAGAUCCCAAAUCUCUCCAGCUUAUCAAUGUGAGAGGAGUUUUGCUCCCCCAAACAGAAGACAUAGUUUGGAACACCCAAAGUUCAAGUCUUCAGGUGACAUCGUCCUCUAUUCUGGAUAAUACCCUUCAAGCUGAAUGGCUCUCAGCAGAUGAAUCCACCACCACCACCACCACCACCACCACCACCACCACCACCAUUUCACCAUUUGAUUUCAGCUCCAGUCCUCCCUCAGCCACUGGCAGGGAACUCCAGUCAGAAAGUACUUUGGGUGAUGUGGUGUCUACACCCAAGUUAGCUUCUCCCUCGAAGGUGGGCCUCAGUUCUCCCCCAGAGGUUUUAGGGGGUAGCCGCUUGACUCUUCAUUCUGUUACCCCAGCAGUGCUUCAGAUUGACCUGCCUGUGGCUCCUGAGGAAAGGACUUCUGGAUCUUCCAUAUUAGAAGAUGGAUUAGCCAACACUGAAGAAUCAGAAGAUGCUUCUAUUGAUGAAUUGCCUUCAAGCUCAUUAAUUCAACCUGUGCCAAAAGAAACAGUACCACCCAUGGAAGACUCUGACAUGACUCUCUUGACAUCCUCACCACAUCUGACCUCUUCUGUUAUAGAAGACCUUGCUAAAGACAUAACAACACCUUCUGGCUUGGACUCCUUGGCUUCCCAAGGCCCAGAACAGUUGGAAGUGAGCCCAUGGUUUCCAGACACCUCUGUGGAAAAAGACUUCAUUUUUGAAAGUGGCUUGGGUUCUGGGUCUGGGAAAAAUGUAGAUGUGAUUGAUUGGCCAUGGAGUGAGACUUCAUUUGAGAAGACCACGAAACCACCAACUGAGGGUCUAGAGAAAUUACAUACAGAUGGCAGAGAAGAUUCCACAGAACAAAUUAUUGAAUCUUCAGAACAUAGAUAUGGAGAUAGGGUCACACAUUUUACAGAGGAAGAAUCCCAUAUUAGAUCUACUAUACCCAUCUUUGUAGAAUCUGCAACUCAACCUACAUCUCUGAUUUUUUCAAAGCACACUUCAGAGGUACCAGACAUUGAUUCUUACUCAGUUACCAAGGCACCCUUCUUACUGGCAACUAUAGCAACCUCUGCUUCCACCAAGAAAACAGAUGAGGUGAAUACCCUCCUCAAGGAAGAUAUGGUACAAACAGAAUCAUCCAGUCACAAAGGACUGGACAGUGAGGUUUCAGUGGCAAGGCCAGAUAUGCAGCCUGUGUGGACCAUAUUGCCAGAAUCAGAUAUAGUUUGGACAAGAACUUCUUCCUUAGGGAAAUUGUCUAGAGACACAUUGGCAAGUACACCAGAGAGCACUGACAGAUCCUGGUUGAAAGCUUCCAUGACACAGCCCACUGACCUGCCUCUAACCACCCACGCCAUCCAGCUAGAGGAUGAGGUAAUAAUGGCCGUCCAGGAUAUUUCAUUAGAACUAGAUCAGGUAGGCACAGAUUACUAUCAGCCUGAGCUAACCCAAGAACAAAAUGGCAAGGUUGACAGCCAUGUGGAAAUGUCUACCAAUGUUCACUACAGAGAGAUGCCUUUUGUGGCUCAGCCCACAAGAGGAGGUGUCUUGAGUCACACCCAGACGGCAGGAGCAUUGGUGGUUUUCUUCAGCCUCCGAGUGACAAACAUGUUGUUUUCAGAAGACCUGUUUAACAAAAACUCCUUGGAAUAUAAAGCCCUGGAGCAAAGAUUCAUAGAACUGCUGGUUCCUUAUCUCCAGUCAAACCUGUCAGGGUUCCAGAACCUGGAAAUCCUGAACUUCAGAAAUGGCAGCAUCGUGGUGAACAGCCGAGUGAAGUUUGCCGAGUCUGUCCCUCCUAAUGUCAACAAUGCCAUGUAUAUGAUUCUGGAAGACUUUUGCACCACUGCCUACCACACCAUGAACUUGGAUAUUGACAAGUACUCCUUGGAUGUGGAAUCAGGUGAUGAAGCCAACCCUUGCAAGUUUCAGGCCUGUAAUGAAUUUUCUGAGUGUUUGGUAAAUCCAUGGAGUGGAGAAGCCAAGUGCAAAUGCUACCCUGGGUACCUGAGCGUGGAUGAUCGGCCUUGUCAGAGUCUCUGUGAUCUACAGUCUGACUUCUGCUUGAACGAUGGGAAGUGUGACAUCAUGCCUGGGCAUGGAGCCAUUUGUAGGUGCCGGGUUGGUUCAAACUGGUGGUAUCGAGGCCAACACUGUGAGGAGUUUGUGUCUGAGCCCUUCGUCAUAGGCAUCACUAUAGCCUCUGUGGUUAGCCUUCUCCUCGUCGCUUCUGCCGUUGUCUUCUUCCUUGUGAAGAUGCUUCAAGCCCAGAAUGUUAGGAGAGAAAGGCAGAGGCCCACCAGCUCCAGCAGGCAGCCUGACAGCCUGUCAUCUGUUGAGAAUGCUAUGAAGUACAACCCUGCAUAUGAGAGCCAGUUGACUGGAUGUGAACGGUAUGAGAAACCCUAUAGCCAACACCCCUUCUAUAGCUCUGCUAGUGAAGAGGUGAUUGGUGGUCUGAGCAGAGAAGAAAUCAGACAGAUGUAUGAAAGCAGCGACCUUUCCAAAGAGGAAAUUCAAGAGAGAAUGAGGAUUUUAGAACUCUAUGCUAACGAUCCUGAGUUUGCAGCUUUUGUGAGAGAGCAUCAAAUGUGA